AUGGGCAAGCUCCGCCCUGGCCGAUUGCUUGCCUCUAGGUGCUGGGUUUUGGGUGAGGAAGAGCAGCAGUCAUACGCCUAUAUCUCUAAGGAACUUCAGCACUUGUUGAUAUUUCACACUUUUGCAUUAAUUAUUACAAACACUGAUGGUGGAGUAAUAUUUGAAGGCGUGGUCUUACGCAUUAGAGGCUGUCUGAAGCUGUUGUUCAAAGGAUGCUUGGUCUCUCCUUUUAGAGGUGUAUUUGAGGUAUUCUCCAAAGAGGAAGAAGAUGGUCUUGACGAAUGUUCCGUUAUACUCGAGAAUGUUCCUCGGUCUUGGUUGACGUCCAUGGAGGGACACCCGAAGUUCAGUUUACGACCUUCAGAAGCAGCCAGUAUAAACAGAACUCAGAGAAAAAGAAGCGCCCUCAAACCCACCCUCAACCCCGCCCACAAUCCCCCCUCAAACCCGCCCUCAAUCCUGCCCUCAAUCCCCCUCAACCCCGCCCUAAUCCCGCCCACAAUCCCGCCCUUCAACCCCCUCAAAACCCCCUCAACCCCCCUCAACCCGCCCUCAAACCCGCCCUCAAACCCUUCCCUCAAACCCGCCCUCAAUCCCGCCCUCAACCCCGCCCUCAAUCCCGCCACAACCCGCCCUCAAUCCCGCGCCCUCAAUCCCGCCCUCAAACCCGCCCUCAACCCCCCUCCCGCCCUCAACCCCGCCCUCAACAAUCCCGCCCUCAACCCGCCCACAACCCGCCCUCAAUCCCGCCCUCAAUCCGCCCUCAAACCCGCCUCAAAACCCGCCCUCAACCCCGCCCUCAAUCCCGCCCACAAUCCCGCCCUCAAUCCCCCCUCAAUCCCCGCCCAACAAACCCGCCCUCAAACCCGCCUCAAUCCCGCCCACAAACCGCCCUCAAUCCCGCCCUCAAACCCGCCCACAAACCCGCCCUCAUCCCGCCCACAAUCCGCCCUCAAUCCCCCACAACCCGCCCUCAAUCCCCCACAAUCCCGCCUCAAACCCGCCUUCAAUCCCGCCACAAACCCGCCCUCAAUCCGCCCACAACCCCCUCAAACCCGCCCUCAAUCCCCCCUCAUCCCGCCCACAAACCGCCCUCAAUCCCCCCUCAAAACCCGCCCACAAACAAUCCCGCCCCUCAAUCCCGCCCUCAAUCCCGCCCUCAAACCCGCCCUCAACCCGCCCUCAAUCCCGCCCUCAACCCGCCCACAAUCCCGCCUCAACCCGCCUCAAUCCCGCCCUCCAAUCCCGCCCUCAAACCCGCCCUCCAUCCCGCCCACAAACCCGCCCUCAUCCCGCCACAAACCCGCCCUCAAUCCCGCCCACAACCCGCCCUCCCGCCCUCAAUCCCGCCCUCAACCCGCCUCAAUCCCGCCCUCAAACCGCCCUCAAAUCCCGCCCUCAACCCGCCCUCAAACCCGCCCUCAAUCCGCCCCAAACGCCUCAACCCGCCCUCAAUCCCGCCCUCAAACCCGCCUCAAUCCCGCCCUCAACCCGCCCUCAAUCCGCCCUCAAUCCCGCCCCAAUCCCGCCUCAAUCCCGCCCUCAAUCAAUCCCGCCCUCAACCCGCCCUCAAUCCCGCCCUCAACCCCGCCCUCAAUCCCGCCCUCAAUCCCGCCCUCAAUCCCGCCCGCCGCCGGACCCAAUUUGCCUGUCCGGACCGCUGGAACAUAA